AAAUUCGAUUUUUCCCUCUUUCAUCUCCUGCAAUUGCAGUUGCAGCUCAACUGCAAUACAGUAUCAGCAGGACCACCGCCAUUUUCUCAUCUUCAAGCUUACAUUUUUCUCUUUUUAUACACUAAAUUUACAGACCUUGUAAUGCCUGCACUUGUUGAAAGUGAAACAAUGGCGUCUGAAGAUUUGAAGGAGCUGAAGAAGAGCGGAAAUGGGUCAUCCGCCGACUCCCAUAAGAGGUCGAAGAAGACCAAGAUUGAUUAUGGGUCUGAUUCAGAGGAGCUAAAGAAGAGUAAGAAGAAAGAUAAGAAGCGUAAAGCUUUAAGCUUGGAUGAUCAGGAGAAUGGAAAUUCGGAGGUUUUGGAAUCGAUUAAUCUGAGUGAGGAUGAAAAGAAGAAGAAGAAAAAGAAGAAGAAAAAGGAGGAGGAUGAGGCUAAAUUGGUGGAGGAGGAUAGUGAGGAGAAAGAGGAGGAUCCUAAUGCCUUGUCUAAUUUUAGGAUUUCAGUGCCACUGAGAGAAGCUUUGAUUGCCAAAGGGAUAAAUGCGCUGUUUCCUAUUCAAGCUAUGACUUUUGAUACCAUAUUGGAUGGGUCUGACUUGGUUGGUCGAGCUCGCACUGGUCAGGGUAAAACAUUAGCCUUUGUGUUGCCCAUAUUGGAGUCCCUGAUAAAUGGACCUACUAAAGUAUCACGGAAAACAGGGUAUGGGAGGGCUCCAAGUGUCCUAGUGCUUUUACCUACUAGGGAGUUGGCACUUCAGGUGUUUGCUGACUUUGAAGUGUAUGGUGGGGCUGUGGGGCUAACUUCAUGUUGUUUAUAUGGAAAUUCACCCAUGGGACAACAACAAGUUCAACUGAAAAGAGGAGUUGAUAUCGUCGUAGGUACUCCUGGAAGAAUUAAGGACCACAUCGAAAGAGGAAAUAUUGAUUUCAGGUCCCUAAAGUUCCGUGUUCUUGAUGAAGUUGAUGAAAUGUUGAAAAUUGGUUUUGUUGAUGAUGUUGAAUUUAUAUUAGGCAAGGUAGAAGAUGCAAGCCAAGUUCAAACACUUCUUUUCAGUGCAACUUUGCCGAGCUGGGUGAAGCAUAUAUCUUCGAAGUUUCUCAAACCUGAUAAGAAAACAGCUGAUCUUGUUGGUGAUGAGAAAAUGAAGGCAAGCAAGAAUGUGAGGCAUAUUAUUAUACCAUGCUCUAGUUCAGCCAGAUCUCAGCUGAUUCCUGAUAUAAUUCGCUGCUACAGCAGUGGUGGACGCACAAUUAUUUUCACUGAGACAAGGGGUUAUGCUUCGGAGCUAGCUGGCAUAUUGCCUGGGGCACGUGCUUUGCAUGGAGACAUACAACAAUCCCAGCGUGAGAUUACACUUUCUGGAUUCAGAUCAGGAAAGUUCCUUACAUUAGUGGCCACAAAUGUAGCAGCCCGUGGAUUGGAUAUCGACAACGUUCAGUUAAUUAUUCAGUGUGAGCCUCCACGUGAUGUUGAAGCGUAUAUUCAUCGAUCAGGCAGGACAGGACGAGCAGGAAAUACUGGUGUUGCUGUAAUGCUUUACGAUCCUAAGAAGUCCAACAUCUCUAAGAUUGAAAGAGAAUCUGGUGUCAAGUUCGAGCAUCUGUCUGCUCCACAGCCAGCUGAUGUUGCCAAAGCUGCUGGGAAAGAAGCAGCAGAAGCAAUUGCUGAAAUUUCUGAUAGUGUAAUACCUGCUUUCAAGGCUGCUGCAGAGGAACUUCUACAUACCUCUGAACUAUCACCAGCUGAAUUGCUUGCGAAGGCACUUGCCAAGGCAGCUGGCUACUCUGAGAUCAAGAGUCGUUCGCUUCUUUCUUCCAUGGAGAACUGUGUUACUCUACUUCUUGAGUGCGGGAGGCCCAUAUUUUCACCUUCCUUUGCCUAUAAUGUUUUGCGGGGGUUCCUAACUGAGGACAAGGUUGAAUCAAUCAAAGGUCUUACUUUGACAGCAGAUGGAAAGGGCGCAGUUUUUGAUGUAUCUGCUGAUGACCUGGACACAUUUCUAGCUGGGAAGAACGCACAAGGUGUAAGCUUAGAAGUAGUAAAAGAACUGCCCCGGUUGCAAGAGAAAGAUCAGCAGAGAGGUGGAAGAUUUGGUGGUGGUCGCGGUGACAGGAGAAAUGGAGGUCGAUUUUCUGGAGGCAGAGGUGGUGGUGGGAGAGGUUAUGGAAACUUUGGCCGUAGAUGGUGAAGAAUACAAACGAUUUAUUAGCUGACCGACUGUACAGGAUUUUUUUUCGCCCUGUUGUGGGUUCAAAAUUUUGCGAUGAUGAAGAAAAAAAAUGUAUAUUACGGCUGCUGUUUAUGGAGUAUUAACAUUAGAUUUUUCAUAUAUAGGCUCAAUUCACUUUUUUUUUUUUUUUAAAUUUCAGCUUGUUAUUUAACUUGACAAAUCUGCUUCUUCCUUAGUCUUAAAUAUAUAUAUUAUAAAUGUAACAGUUAUUAUUUCCAUA